CGCUCAGAUCUCCAUUUUGUAUGUUUUUCUUGGAGGUUAGCGCCUACUUUCCUAAUGGCUAGCUGCGACUCUCCACAGCUCGGUCACUUCAACGCAGUUUGCAUGACAAUUAACAGCUAAGGUCGAACCGGAAGAUCGCAAACUCCCACAAACACACCCAGCUCGUGUCGCUCGUGUCCUUUUUUAUCAAGACAUGCAUCGAUACGCGAGGGGAGGAACAGUUAACGCUCACAAACAUUGAGUCAGUGGUGCGUGUUGUGGACACUUUCAACCAAAACAAUGUUGACAGACGACCUGUGGACACACGACGACAACAACAACCGGGCAUCUGAAUGAUGGACAAUGGUGGAGUGAAGAAGAUAACGUAUAGAAGAGAUGACCAUUUGAACAAGUUGGUCUACACUGAAAGCCCUGAGAAGGGAGGUCUGUUGAAAGUGGCUCCUCACAGUGCUCUGUCCAUCCCCUCUGUCAUCCUUCCAUCCAGCCCGUUGAUGCAGCCAGGACAGGUGCCCAACGGCCUCAGCAACAGCCCCCUUCCAGAGGAGCUCACUUCCGUCACUGCCGCCGUCGGCCCCUCGUGGGAAGACAGAGAGUUCAGGUUUCUGAGCAAAGACAAGAAGCUUCAGCAGCAGUUGCUCCAGACGCAGACUACGUUUGGUCGUCAAACUUUCAGGGACAAUUUGCCUCAGUUGGAGGCAAGUAUAGCAGACAUUUCACAGUCCUGCAUGGAUUCACUUAUUGGGGGAUCAGAUCCCAAUUUCUUCCACAUGAAAACAGAGGAUUUCUCCAUGGAUAAAGGAGAGCAGGAUCCCAUUGACCUUGAUAACGCCUUUGAUCACAUUGGGAAAGAUGUGGAUGUGAACCAGAAAUUUUUCAGUGACAACACUUUGGAUCUGCUCCAAGACUUCGAGCUCACUGGGUCCCCCUCAGAUUUUUAUGUUGGGGAAGAUGCGUUCCUCUCCACUUUGGCAGAUGAUUCUCUGCUUGGGGACGUUGGCUCUGAGAGGGACGUAAAGCCUGUUGUGGUUGAGAGCAUCAACAGCAGUGGGACAGUCUCUGUAGCCCUCAAUGGCAGCAUCAUGACAAGUCCUGAACAGUCCAGCGCUAGUAUAUGCACAACUGCCUCCUUAAUUCCUACAACCACUUUGUCUGCAUUGGUGAAGAAAGAAAAAGAUUCUGGCUUCAUUCAGCUCUGCACCCAAGGUGUCAUCAAACGGGAGAAGACGUCUGCAGGCCAGAGCUAUUGCCAAAUGAGCAGCACAUCUGCUACAGCCGUGCCCAGCUCUAACCCCAUGUCCAUCUGCGGGAUCAGCACUUCCGGAGGACCGAGCUACCACUUUGGGGUAAACACCAGCAGCAAUGAAGCUAAGCAGCAGAAGGAUCAGAAGCCAGUGUCCAGCCUGUUUCUCCCGGUGACGACAAUCGGCAGGGCCUGGAACAGAAACCAAGGUGUCGGGAACAACUCUGCAAUGCUGCGGGCCAGUGAGGCUUUCUCAAGCGCUCCCUCUUACCCCACCAGCUUUGCUAGUGCUAAUUCCAGACAGGAAGUGAUCACCGCCACAUCCUCAACGCAAGGGAAAAGAGCGGGACUCGUAAAGUCUGCCUGGUGUGGCUCUGACGAGGCUUCAGGCUGCCACUACGGCGUUCUCACCUGUGGCAGCUGCAAGGUCUUCUUCAAGAGAGCAGUGGAAGGGCAGCAUAAUUACCUGUGUGCUGGGAGGAACGACUGCAUCAUAGACAAGAUCAGGAGGAAGAAUUGCCCGGCAUGCCGCUUCCGCAAGUGUCUGAUGGCAGGCAUGAACCUGGAAGCUCGCAAAACCAAGAAGUUGAAGCGUUUAACCAAGUACCCACCUGAGCUGACUCCUUCUCCACCAAUUGAGGCUCGCUCUCUUUUACCCAAGUGCAUGCCUCAACUCAUUCCCACGAUGCUCUCCCUGCUGAAGGCCAUCGAGCCGGACACCAUCUACGCCGGCUACGACAGCACCCUGCCCGACACCUCCACCCGCCUCAUGACCACCCUCAACAGGCUGGGUGGCCGGCAGCAGGUCAUCUCUGCUGUCAAGUGGGCCAAAGCUCUACCAGGUUUUAGGAACCUGCACCUGGACGCAAUGACUCUGCUGCAGUGCUCCUGGCUCUUCCUCAUGUCUUUCGGCCUGGGCUGGAGAUCUUACCAGCAGUGCAACGGCAACAUGCUCUGCUUUGCACCAGACCUUGUCAUCAACGAGGAUCGGAUGAAGCUGCCCUACAUGGCCGACCAGUGCGAGCAGAUGCUCAAGAUUUCCAGCGAGUUUGUCCGGCUGCAGGUUUCCCAUGACGAGUAUUUGUGCAUGAAGGUCCUGCUGCUGCUCAGCACAGUGCCAAAGGACGGCCUGAAGAGCCAGGCGGUGUUCGACGAUAUUCGGAUGUCUUACAUCAAGGAGCUGGGGAAAGCCAUCGUGAAGCGCGAGGAGAACUCCAGCCAGAACUGGCAGCGUUUCUAUCAGCUGACCAAGCUGCUCGACUCCAUGCAUGAGAUGGUCGGGGGACUGCUCAGCUUCUGCUUCUACACCUUUGUGAACAAGUCCCUGAGUGUAGAGUUCCCCGAGAUGCUUGCGGAGAUCAUCAGCAACCAGUUACCAAAAUUCAAGGCUGGGAGCGUCAAACCUCUGCUCUUCCACCAGAGAUGACUGUGCCCCGUAACAGACACAAUGCCUUAAAAUCCCACCACAUCACCUCACCAACCCCCCCGCCCACCCACCCAGAAGAGCAACGAUGAAAUGAAUGAGGACGCGAGGCGAGGAGCGAAUGAUGUUUGUGAGAGCGAGUAUGCAACUUUGUGUAAUGGCUCACGGGUCUGGAGGUAGAGACUGGAGACGUUUGUGUAGAAACGAGACAGCGAGCACAGAGUUUUUGUUUUAUUGAGCAGUUUAGGAUGUGUAUAACGAAGUGUUUGUAAGAUAAAAGAUAAUCACAAAGAGAUAUAGGCUAACAUCCACGUUGUCUCAGGUUUCUUACCUUCAAAUCCAGAACAAUAUCUAAGAUAGAUAAACAAAUAUCUAUGUACAGGUUCUCAUAGUAUUUUCUACAUUUUAAAAUUGUAACAGUUUAUACAAUUUUCCAGGUCGCUGUUACCUGGGAAGGUAACAAAGCUUAAUGAAUAUGACAUGCUCUUACGUAGGCUUUUAGACUGUAUGUUGCUCAUUUAGUUUUCAUAGGAGAUUGUAAGAAAUAAGUCAUAUGGGGGGGAAGAGACUCUUCUGUCAAUCAAAACCAUUCUGUUGAAUUAUUAUUUGUGCUUCGUUAAAAGGACGAUUUCUCACACAAGCUGACCUCUUACAGGUUUACACAAGUCUAAUAGAAAAGGGAAAAGAAUAUGUGCCUUUUUUGCUUCAAAAUUCAUCUUAGCCAUUUCUUCCUUCCUGCUCAAGGCGUGCUCUCUUAAACCCACCAAGGUAUACCUUCAUCGUAUGUUGAUUGUACUUUUUAUGUUACUGUUUUUGUACAAUGGCUGUGUUUAUCGGUUAGAGCGGCAGCUCGGCCCAUCCUCGAUGUGGAGAAGCGGUGAAUAUUCGAAGCCUGCCCUCUUAUGCGAUAUCCGCACACUCAACUCCUUAAUUGCGAUUAGAGCACUUUGUACCCUGUAAAGGCUUUAAAGGACUGUGAAGAGAGACUGUUAUGCUGCAUCAGUCUUUUUGUUAAAUUACUUUAGAUGGAAGUCAAAAAAACCUUUUUUAUAGGAAAUAGCUGGCAUUGAUAUUUAUUUCAGCCCCCAUUCCUCCCCCAAAUAGUCUAAUAAUGGAAUGUGUUAGAUACCUGCGUCUACCAAUCAGAGGGCAUAUUUUGUUGUGUUUGCAAGAUUAUAUCAUGUUUAAUUAAUCCGGAGGACUAAUUUCUGUGUUGAAAAUAGCAAUCCUUCAUUUUUAAGUUAUUUUUACAGUUCAGUUUUUUAAACUGACAAACAUGCAGUCUUCAUUCUGCCACUGAUGAUCCUUUUAUCAACCAUAUAUUCAUGGUCGCAAUAAGCAUUUGACUUUAGAUAUUUGAUCUUUUAAAGCCGCUGCUUUGCUGUAUUUGUUAAAGGAACUUUUUAUCAUUCUGGGAAAUGCAUUUACUUAUUUUCUUGCCGAGAAUAUUGAUCCCACUCUGUAAUGUCUGAACGGUAAAUAUGAAGCUGGGUUAACAGCCAGUUAGUUUACCUUUGCAUAAAGACUGGAAAUAAGGAACUUAUGACUCUCUGCAAAGGUAACAACAUUUUGCUUUCUCGCACCUCUAAAGCUCAGUAGUGCACAUUAUAGCUGGUUAGUUUAAUCUGGAGUAAAAAAACAAUUCGAGACGUCUGAUGUGUCGGACUGUUUCUUGGUCGGGACUUCUGAAGUGUCAAGAUAUAAGUAAUCGGUAUAUCUCUGAUUUAUUUUGUCGGGGGUUUCCCCUGGGUUUCAGUCUUUAUGCUAAGCUAACAUAACCGGCACACGUUUUCCAGAAUGUAUUUCCUUUUACAAUGAAUGAUUUUUAUGAUAGACAGCUUUUUGGAUCAGAUGUUGGCAGAUGAAUUACCCUGGAAACCUCCCACAGCUGCUGAUAACCUUUGAUCCUCUGCUUAAGCCUUCUGCUCUUUUAACACCCUGUAGGGACCGUGUCCAAAUGUCUGUCUUCAGUACGGUCUGUCUGUCUGUCUGUCUGUCUGUCUGUCUGUCUGUCUGUCUGUUAGGUAGUCACGCCCCAAUGUUUGGAAGCACUUUGCAUCAGUCACCUCAUGGAGUCAUGUCACCGUGAAAGAUUAGCGCCUCUGACUGGGGAGGCUGGCAAAAUGGAUCCUUUAAUUCUCUGGGAACUAUUUCAGUGCCAAACUCCAGUUUUGUCUGUUUUCAGUGAUGCUGAAAGUUGAUCGGUGUUUGCAUCAGUAGAGGGAAACUAGUUCCAGUAUUGAAGCUUAUAAAUGUGUCCAAUUAUCUGAGCUUCUGUCCGCUGGAUUGAGGUCAUUGUUAAUGAGCUGUAUUUGUAACACAAGGCACUCACAGAUGUGUUGUGUAAUCACACAGGAUCGUGUAGGUCUGUCGGUAUCCCUCUUUGUGUGUUGUCUAAGUGGGGAUUUGAAAUGUGACGCAACAUUUUCAUCAGUUGUCAGCUCAGUUUAUCAUGAUGCAUGUGUUUAAAGCACAAUAUAAUCCAUGUUUUGAUGAGUGUUAACCUUAGUUGAAUUAAUUAAAUUAAAAUUUAAAUGCUUUUGACGGAUUAAAGAUGAUGCCCUGCCAGUUUAAUAUAAUUGGAUAAAUAUGUCAAGUAAAGUACUCAUUUAAAUAUGGAAAAUGUCAAAUUGUUUUGCUCUUGCUAAACUAUCCUAACUACCAAUAUAAAAGCUCUCAUACAUUUUGAACCGCUUCCUAGGUUUAGGUUGUUGAAAUGUAAUGUUUUGAUUCACGGAGUGCAUGGUCGGCCAUGUGAAGUCGUUUUAUGUCCUGAAUUUUUAAAAAACAAACGGUCAGUUUGGAUUCCCAGAAUGUGUCUGCUUCUGUGAUUUAUGGUGUAUUUUUCUGUCGGGAUUAGGAGCGUUUUAGUAAUGUGCUGCCACCGUCGUCAUUCAUUGUAACCCAGGCUCAGAAACAUUAUACCCUCUUCUUUUGUUUUUAAAUGUUCAGUCAAAGUAGUUGAAAACCAUCCUCAUUAACUGCAUAGGGGUUACCCAUGGGUUACUUUCACAUUCAGUGUAUCCAAAUAUCUGCUGCUGUUCAUUUAAACAGGUAUAUAUGUAUAUAUGUGUAUGUGUAUGUGUAUAUAUAUAUAUAUAUAUAUAUAUAUAUAUAUAUAUAUAUAUAUAUAUAUAUAUAUAUAUAUAUAUAUAUAUGCACACACUUGCCUCUUCUUGCUCAAAAAUGUAUCCUUGCUUACUUGUAUAUUUUUGAGGAGGACAACUGAAUAUGCAAUAGGAACGACAGAGUAUCUGUCACCAUCACAUAACAAGAUGUGGUAGCUUCCUUUUUUCAGUCUUUUCCAGAAUAAGCUAUUUGCAUACAGGAGAUUCACACUUGGCAUAUCUCUGCAGGCCAGAUUUUCAGGAAAAGAAACACUUCGUCAGUAAUCAGUCUCCAUAGACUGCACAGAAAAAGCCUAUUUUAUGUUUGACUACAAGGUGACCAAAGCAAGCACAGACAAAUGUAACUAAGUAGCUCCUGGAAGAAAAAUGUAAAUUUCUUUGUUUUGAUUUUAGACACAUGUUGUUUUUACUCUUAAUGUGAUGGCUUUGGUCAAAUUGUUUAAUACUGUGAAUAGGAUAGGAGUCAGUCUUUUUCACACACAAACUGUUUGUGAAAGUAAUCAGCCAGCUUGAAUCUAAAAAAAAUUUAAAAAGAUUUGCACUACCCAAAUAUUGUUUGAAAAACUAUUUUGUAUAAAGCAUAUGCAGACAUUAACUUUUCAGAAUUAUCAAGGGCAGAUCAUGUUUUACUGGUAUAUGCUUUCUCAAAAAAAAAAAAAGGUUUUGCUUAAAAAAUUUGAUUAUGUGUAUAUAUAAUCCAUUGUAAAGCAAAUGUGGUGUAUUUGUCUUUUUCUAUACCUGGCCCUCGGUAUUAUUUCUCCUGUAGUGUGAUUCCUGUUGAUCUUUACCUCCAUUGAUUAAAGGUCAAACUAUGUCUUCGUGUGGUACUUCUGUAUGUUGAUGUUUGCCAUGAUCGAUGAUACUGAACUAUGGAAACGGUAAGCUUGUUGUGACACUUUUCAUCAUCAUAGCAAACGUGUUCAUCAAAUAAAUAUGCUUUUCCAUGAUGA